AUGGCAUCAAAGGCGCUCCAUCAAGUGGGAGACGGGGAGGAGGCCAUGGUGAAAAAGGAAAACCGCGACAUUCUAAAUGUACGCGAGCAAAGACAGACAGACUUUCACAACCCCAAGUCCAUGAACCGGAUCGUCACUAACAAAGGACUCCCACUCUCCUCAAGGGGCAGUUUGGUUAAAUUCAUGGAGGAAGAUACCAUCAAUGUACCGAAGCCAGUGCCAGUGGAGGACUCGGAAUGCAGCUCGGACGACACCAGCAUCUCCCCCAUCUCGUCGUCCUUGCUGAACCCCAUCAAGCUGGCCGUCACCCAGCCCACCAGCAGCUUCUUUGCAGGCAUGCUGGAGGGCGAGCUGAACCGACUUAGCCUGUCCUCGCUGACCAAGAAAGAAGACAAACGGGAGCUGGCUCUCUGCCCACACCAAUCUCAGACCCAAGUGGCCCCGGGGGCCCUGCUGGACCUGGACAACCCGGAGGUGGACACGGACACCUCCUCCACCCCCUCGGAAUCCACCGUGGUGGUGGAGGUUCCGGAGGCCCCCUUCAUCUGUGAGCACACCGUCAGUGACUCCACAGCUGUGAUCUCCUGGACCUAUGCCUUGGGCAAGCAGCAGGUCAGUUUCUACCAGGUCCUGCUGCAGGAGGUGAUCAAGAUAAAGGACAAUGAGCUGCCCAAGACCAAGAAUCGCCCAUGGAUCUUCAACAAGAUCUUGGGCACCACCGUCAAGCUAAUGGAGUUGAAGCCUAACACCAGCUACUGCCUCACUGUCCGCGCAGCCAACACAGCUGGGGUGGGGAAGUGGUGCAGGCCUUACAAAUUUGCAACUGUGGCCUCGGACUUGAACAGCUUCCCAGAAAACAACCCCAUCCAGAUCACCGUGCAGCGCCGGGAGCCACAGCGGAAAACUGUGACCGUCGGGCACAAUGAGCUGCGGAAGCUGGAGGAUCUUGAAUACCUAUUUCCCUACUAA